GCUACCUGAACACUCGGUGUCUCAUUCCACCACGGUCAAACCUGCCGGCAGAGUUCCUGUUCUUCAGCUCCACACUCAUCAUUUCAUUCGGAAACUUGAAACGGAAUUUAUAUUUAUAACAAAACAUCGUUUUAUUUAUUUAAAGUAAACGUAAUCGUCAAGCUAACUUCACAGGUAACCGUUGCUUCAAGGUCGAACGUAAUUUGUACAGAAAAAAAAAGGAAUUUAACGUAACAGCAUAGCCGGCUCGUGCUAACAAAGAAAUUCCUUUCUCUUCAGAAAUAAUCCCCCAUUACUCUCUUUAGUUAUGAGUCAUGUGGUCGUUGAUAAUCCACACGGUCUAGAUCAGCAGCUUGCUGCCCUAGACUUGAACAACGCUGACGGACAAGGCGGAGGAACUGGCAGGCGUUACAUUCCACCUCACUUGAGAAACAAAGAAUCAUCUAAAAAUGAUUCACCUGGAUGGGACGGUGGACGCGGCAAUGGAUUUGUGAAUGGUUAUAACGACAACUGCACAAAUGGGGGCUUUGGAGGACGAGGACCCCCUCGCAAUGAUAGAGGUGGGCGUGGCGCCUACCGUGGUAACGGGGGUGGAGGCUCGUUUGAUCAACAAUUACAAAAUGCAGGGGUCGGCGGUGAUGGCAACUGGGCCGGAGCCCCUAGGGAUGCUGCCUACAACAGCUUUGGCGGACGCACUGAUAGGUCAAAGUCUACCUUCUUCAAUGACCGUGGGACCGGAGGCUCAAGGGGGGGAAGAUUUGAGCGUGGGGGCUUUUCUGGUGGUGGAGGAGGCGGCAGCCGCUGGACGGACGAAACCAGAGACGACGAUUGGUCCAAGCCUACUCCUGCCAACGAGCGCCUGGAACAUGAGCUUUUCUCUGCAAGCAACACUGGGAUAAACUUUGAGAAAUACGAUGAUAUUCCCGUGGAGGCCACUGGAAGCAAUUGCCCGCCCCACAUUGACGUCUUCCACGAUGUCGACAUGGGGGAGAUUAUUAUGGCUAACAUCGCCUUGAGUCGCUACGAUAGUCCCACCCCGGUGCAGAAGCAUGCUAUCCCCAUCAUCAAGACCAAGAGGGACCUGAUGGCUUGCGCCCAGACUGGCUCCGGGAAGACCGCUGCGUUCUUGCUGCCAGUGCUGAGUCAGAUGUACUGCGAGGGUCCAGGAGAGGCGCUGUCCGCCGCCAAGAACAGUGGACAGGAUAACGGCAGGUAUGGCCGCCGUAAGCAGUACCCGAUCGGCCUCAUCCUGGCCCCCACCAGAGAGCUGGCGUUGCAGAUCUACGACGAGGCGAGAAAGUUCGCCUACCGCUCUCGUGUGCGUCCCUGCGUGGUGUAUGGCGGUGCUGACAUUGGCCAGCAGAUCAGGGAGUUGGAGAGAGGCUGUCACCUGCUGGUGGCCACACCUGGACGUCUGGUUGACAUGAUGGAGAGGGGAAAGAUCGCCCUGGACUAUUGCAACUUCCUGGUCCUGGACGAGGCUGACCGCAUGUUGGACAUGGGAUUUGAGCCGCAGAUCAGACGCAUUGUGGAGCAGGACACGAUGCCGGCUAAAGGCAGCCGCCAGACCAUGAUGUUCAGUGCCACCUUCCCCAAGGAGAUCCAGAUCCUCGCUCGUGACUUCCUGGAGGACUACAUUUUCCUGGCAGUGGGCCGUGUGGGUUCCACUUCAGAAAACAUCACGCAGAAGGUGGUCUGGGUGGAGGAUAACGACAAGAGGUCGUUCCUCCUCGACCUGCUCAAUGCCACAGUUAUUCCCAGUGAUGCGCCGGAAGGUGGGCCAGAAGUUGCAGAUAAACCGGUCAAAGAGUCGUUGACUCUGGUGUUUGUGGAAACCAAGAAGGGAGCCGAUGCUCUGGAAGACUUCCUUUACCACGAGGGUUACUCCUGCACCAGCAUCCACGGAGACCGAUCCCAGAGAGACCGGGAGGAGGCUCUGCAUCAGUUCCGCUCCGGGCGCUGCCCCAUCUUGGUGGCCACAGCUGUGGCUGCCAGAGGUCUGGACAUCAGCAAUGUGAAGCACGUCAUCAACUUUGAUUUGCCCAGCGACAUUGAGGAAUACGUUCACCGUAUUGGCCGUACGGGACGUGUGGGCAACCUUGGUCUGGCCACGUCGUUCUUUAACGACAAAAACAGCAACAUAACCAAAGACUUGCUGGACAUUUUGGUGGAGGCCAAGCAGGAGGUUCCCUCCUGGCUUGAGAGCCUGGCCUACGAGCACCAGCACAAGAGCACCACCCGAGGACGCGGCAAGAGGUUCUCUGGUGGUUUCGGCGCUCGAGAUUACCGUCAGACGCCUGGAGGUGGCCCUGGGAACUUCCCAGGCAGCCGGGGCGGCACGCGAACCCCUGGAGGAAGCCGUGGUUUUGGUGGAGGUGGAUUUGGCGGCGGCAGCAACUUCUACAGCAACGACGGCUACGGAGGAAGUUACAGCAACUCUGGUAGUGUGGAUUGGUGGGGCAACUAGUCGCCAUAGGAAUGGGUUGCCAUGCCGACCCGACCCAAUGGAAACCACAUGUUAACUUAAGCCAGACCAUAAUAAAACCCUCCCUGUGUAGCUUCACUGACACACAGUACAUUACCAACCCUGGUUCUCUGCCAUUCGCUUCUCUCAAAACGGAAGUGCAGCACGACGCAAAGGAAGCCACCAAGCACGUGCGACGCACCGGAGACCGCAGAGAUUCGCACACCUCAGAGCGAGCACGGAUGCUGACAUGCAUUGUCCGACAGCAACUUCGGACUUUCAUUGUUAAAAGUAUUUUUGUUCUUUUUUGUGGGAAGGAAAAAAAAAAAACGAGAAAAAAACAAAAAAAAACUGGAAUCGAAUAACCUGAGGAUCAUUUGUAUGUUAAUGUACUGUGCCUUUGGAACUUAGACAGGAACUAUGUUUUCAUUUCACCAGGUGAACAUGGCCAAGAGCUCUAAAUUUGAUUUUACUAUUUUGUUUGGUGAAAAAAUAUUAGAAAGGUAAAAUAAGCUUGGACUUAAUCAAACCUUGGCAAACUCUGGGGUAUUGUGGCUCUAAGUCAUGAUUCCAUUUGAACUUCAAAUUUAUCGCAGGAACAUCAUGUAGCCUUUUCUACAGUCAAACAGCUAAUGGAGCCGCGACUACGUCUAAUACAAACUGGGCCACUCCGUGACGCAACCGUAUUUUAAUCCUAAGGGACAAAGUUACUUUUCUUUUUCUUUUUUGCUCACUCUAUCCUGGACAGGCUCCUUUUUAUGGAUAUGAUAGUCUUUGAAAUAGCCAUUCCUAUUGUAAUCUUAAGAAACACACAAGUCAUUAAGCUCGGUGCCAAUAAUCGCUGAGGUUUAAACACGAAUAAUCACUGGUGGAACUUGUUACUCCACACUCUUCAAUUGACUUGACGGUGUUACGGCAGCUAGUAUGUUACCAAGUGCUAGCUACGUUAAGUGGGCGGUGUUUUUUGUUUAUUUUUACUUGAGACAUUUUUGGUGCAGGUGUGUGCAAAAUUGAAAAACUGAAGUCAGUUUUUUGAUUUUUGAAUUGUUUCUCUACAAAUAUGUAUCAAAACAAAAAAUGCCUGCCAUCUUGAAAGUGAAGUUCAAAUGGCUGCAUAAAGGACCACAGCAUCGGGAGGGCACAGCGUGGUGUUAGUGUUUACUGAAUCGACCGGCAACCACGAGGCCCACAUGGUAUUCUACGCUUGCAAGUGUUUUGUUUUUUGGUCAAGGAGGAAAGACACGAGAACUGAGUCGCAGGCUUAACUUAAUUACAAACGUUUUCUCUUUUCAAGCUGCGUUGGAGGCAUGGUUCAUCUUUAAGAGACAGGCAUUUGAGUGAUCACUGAGGUUUAUCAAUUGAACAGCGAGGAAACCGCGAAGGGUAGAGCAACACUUCGACCACUGGGGUUAGGGGAGCGGGGGGGGGGAAGGCGUGGGGAGAGCGGUGUUCAGCGCACCGCCGGCUGUGGCUUUGGUUUCCAUUGCUGCGUAGUGUAACUGUGGAGGUGGCCAAAGAUGGGGGAGAGUCCACUUCCUCAUGGAACAUUAAGUACUGUCAGGUCCUCUGGGAGUUCAUCUGCUCAGACUUGUAUAAAUAUCUGUGGCUUCGUAAAGCCAGAGCAGGCUUUUCCUCUCAAAGAGGAGCAGCCAUCGGGAGGAGGAGAGACGGGGCGUUUCACCUCAAAAUGCUCCUCAUCGGGUGUGUUGUGCCUUGAAACCUUUUUUUUUUAAGAAAUUGAACUAAAAGCGGAUGCACUGGCAGUGUGGAGAACUUGAGAUUGAAUGGUGCUACUUGAUUUAGGUGUGUAGGCCCUUGUUCGUCGUGCCCAUCAAGUUUUACAAAAGUUCUUUUAUUGCACAUCUAGAGUUUUAUAUAGAUGUCUUGGAUAUGUGUCCUUAAGCUUCCAAAUAUUGUGUGUGAGGAGAUUGUGAAAAACGCAGCUUGUUUACAAAGGGGACAGGUUCUCAACGUUUAAACCAGGAUUUAUUUGGGACCAGGGGAUUUAGCAGUUGGGGGGAAUUUAGCCAUUUGCACAGAUUUCUAGAUUCUACUUUUGCUGCUAGUUUUGUGUAAUUUAUUAAGCAUUUUUGACAAAUAUUUAUUUUUGUAAGCCUCAAAGUGAUUCUUUGAAAGUUUCAGAAACUUGACCAAAAGACAGUACAAAAAACACUGGCACUUGAAUGUUGAAUGUCACCUGUAUGCGUGAAAUUUAUAUAUUUCGGGGUAGUGUGAGCUUUUUAAUGUUUAAGAUACAUUGGACUCGGUAAAUAAUAUCCACAGCUGUUUCAGGGCCUCUUGGGGCCGGUCAUCUCUAAUAUAGGAUUCUAUUAAUUGGUCAACAAAAUUUGAAAUGGAAUUGAACAAACAUGCCAAGGUUUGGAAAUAAAGCUGUCAAGAGCAUAAAAAUAUUCUUAAGCAUAUCAGUGCUGAAGUGUUCAGAUUCUCCAAUUGUGUGCAUUAUUGAUUCUUUACUCUAAUUUGACCUGAUGAUUAUUUUUCUCCAGUGAAUGUCUGGCACAUGGCAAUCCUUAAAAGAAACAAACAUGUGGUUUAUUCUCAUUGUUGUAUUUGCAUAUAUGACACCUCUGGAGUUCCCCCUGGAUGUGGUGCAGGUCUGCAGCUGUUGGACUUGCUUUGAGAUGAACACGAGGUUCUGUGCAAGUUGUUGCAGGCAGAACCCGAGACCCGCUCCACAUUCUGCGGAGAACCCCGGAGCUCUUUAGACGUAGACUUUGCUUUCUGUAUUAGCUUAUAGGCUACUGCACUGCAUGGGAAAUACUCAGCUGUGCAAUUGUAUGAUUUUACCAAAAUAAAAUGUUUGAAUGCAAAAAAAAAAAGGUAUCCGGAAAAAUCAAGCAUGUUUCAUGACGCGUUGUUUACUGUAGUUGUGCGGAGAAGACCUGUAGCAGCGGCAGCCGGGGGCCCUGUGGAUACGGGCCGGACGGGCCGCAAAACUCAAUUUGGUAAAGAUCGGAUGGGCUUCAUUUCUUUUGAAAAAAAUAUAAAGAUUUCAUUUGUAAAUUGA